AUGACUGUACCUACUACCGGAUUUGGAUUAGUGUCUGAGUGCUUGGAACCAACCUGGGAACAAAAGGCACACUCAAAAGCCGCAGAGCAUCACCGGAUCAUCGAAAAUGCAAGGCUGAAGGAUGGCCAUGUGGCAUUGCCCAACACCGCGGGUCUGGAUGCGGCUAUGCGAUCUUCAUCCCCGACAGGAACAACCGUUUCAUAUCCUGGGACACAUGGGACACGUCAUGUGGUUAUUCCGGCAGAUCAUCCAUAUGAGUGGCCAGAAAAGCUGCUAAAAAUACGAGAGAUCGGCGUUGUCAUUGUGAAUCUCCCUUUCCCCUAUCCUCUACUGGAUGUUAUAGACCCGCAUGAACAACAUGAUAGAACUAAUGAAGAUGGCGCUCAUGUUGCGAUUGAGGGUUUAAGUGGGUCUUCAUUUGAGGCCCCCUAA